AGGGCCGUACCUACGCGAAUCGCCUUGACAGCUGACUCACGCCGCCAUUUAAUUUUCGACGCAUCAAUCUGCUCGCCGCAGGAUCUGUCGAGUCUCGCUGCGAUUUUCUCCGUAGAAAACGUCACAGCCUCGAAAAUGAGCAAGCAAAUGAAUCAGCUGAUCUCCAUCGGCUUCAGGAAAUGGUGUUACAAUCUCAGCGGAUUUAAUCAAUACGGUUUAUGGAGGGAUGACCUACUGCGCGAAGAUGCGGACGUAACGGAAGCGCUGAGGCGCGUGCCUCAAGAAAUCGUGGAUCGACGCAACUUCCGCAUAGUGAGAGCCAUGCAAUUGAGUGCCUGCCAUAGAAUUCUACCCAAAGAAGAGUGGACCAAGUUCGAUGAGGAUGUAAGAUAUCUUCAGCCGUAUGUCGAUGACGUUAUAAAAGAGCGCGAGGAGAGAGAGAGAUGGGAAGCGUCAUAAAACGCAGCGCUACGAUUGAUUAUUAUAGUAAUGUAACAAAGAUUAUCCGUUCUUAAUCCUUUCCGUGGAGAAGAGCUGAUCUGUACAUAUAUAAGAUGAAUAGAUACUAAAUAAAUUACAUUCGCUUGCUCGAAACAGCA